ACAUGCCUGAUUUGGAUACAAGCUACCUGGAUAUUUCAAAAAUGGAAAUUGUGUACGACUUUCCAAAUAUUUCAUUUGAUACCAGCAAAUCACAAGAACCUAGUCUAACAGAUUCAAUAUUAGAUGAUGGUGAUAGUGUUCAAUUAUCUGGUGCUAUUGAAAUUACAGAUAAUAUUGGAAGAAUGAUGGUAGAAAAUGGAACUAACCAUGCACCAGAUGAUCUUAACUCUUUUCAUAUUGUUCCUCAUCUGGAAAUGGAAGAGCAUGAGAGUAUGCAAGAUGAUGACCCACUAAUUACUGGAAAUCAAAAUAAUUUAAUUAAUGUUGGUGAACUAAAUACUGAAGAACCGAACAUUGAGGAUCAAGUAGUCGAAGUAAUUGCUGAACCCCAGAUUGAUAACAACAGAGCAGAAGUAGUAGACGAAACGCCUAGCAUAACAGAUGAUAGCUCUUCUAGUGGUUCUGAUUUUGAAGAAAUUGACAGUUCAGGAAGACCAAAGAAAGGUAGGAAGAGAAAGUAUGCACAUCAAUCUAGAGAUAUCAGAAAAAAAAGGAAAAAUAGUAAUAAAAAAUACAUUUCUCAAACAGGAAAAGUUGUGUACCCUAAAAACUUCAGGGAUUUUCAUUGUGCUUGCAAGUGUAAUGAGAAAGUGUCACUUGAAGUAAGAAAAAGCACUUUUAAGAAAUUUUAUGAUUUGGGGGACUAUAAUGCCCAAAACAUGUUUAUUUGUGCAUCAGUACAGGAAGAAAAAACAAAAAGACCAACAGUACAACUAUCUAAAAGACAGUUUACAAGGAAAUAUACAAUUAACAAUACUGUUAUUUGCAGGAAUAUGUACGUACAAACCUUAAGAGUGUCCACAAAAAGAAUUAAUACAGCUCUUAAAAAGCUUAAAAACGAUAAUGUGAAAGAUGAAAGGGGGAAAUGUGGUGGCAGUAACAAGAUUGAAGACAAACGGAUUGAAGAAGUCCGAAACCACAUUAAAAGAAUUCCAGCAUACAAGUCCCACUACUGUAGAACGACAACAGAAUCAUGCUGGUUACCCCCUGAUAUGACAUUGCCACGUAUGUACAGUUUGUACAAGGCUGAAGUAGAGCAUCCUGUGUCCCAAUCAAAAUAUAAUCAAAUAUUUUAUGCAGAUUUUAACCUAAAACGGAAACCACUUCAGAAAGACACCUGCAGUACCUGUGACACACUACAUGCCCUGGAAAAUUCAACUACCAGUGAUAUAGAGAGAGAUGAAAUUAAAAUAAAACAUGAGGCUCAUCUGAAAUUAGUCGAAGAAGUAAGAGCUCAGUUCAAGGACGACUUACUAACGGCAAAAACUGUUGAAUCAAAACAAACGCUGUCUUUUGAUCUUCAAAAAACCCUACCAUUACCUCGUCUGCCGACAAAUGUCAUUUACUAUAAACGACAAAUCAUGCUUUAUAAUCUGGGUAUUCAUUCGGGGAAAACUGGUAAAGGUCAUUUUAAUGUUUGGCUGGAGAAUACUGCUGGCCGAGGUACUCAAGAGGUUGGCUCUUGUUUGAAGAGGCAUAUUUUGGAAAAUUGUCCUGGGAUUAAGGAAUUGACCUUGUGGUCCGAUUCAUGUGGGGGGCAGAACAGGAGCAUAAAAAUAGUUCUCCUCCUCAAACAUGUCCUUAGCUUACACCCGACCUUGGAAAACAUUGUCUUAAGGUACAUGAUUCCAGGGCAUUCUUACCUUCCCAAUGACGCAGAGUUUGGGGAUGUCGAGUGCCACUUGAAGACACAACAGAGAAUGUACACAGAUUCAGAUUACAUAAGUGUGAUGGAGAAUUGUAGGAGAAAGAACAAGUUUAUUGUAACAAGAAUGGAAAAAGAGGACUUCUUUAGCACAUCAGAUUUAGAAAAGAAAAUAACAAACAGGAAAGAAGAUGUAGAUGGAAUAAAAGUUGGAUGGCUUAAGUUCAGAGAAAUUGAAAUCUUUAAAGAUAAACCUUUCUCAAUAUUUGUAAGGACAAGUCUAGGUGGACUGCAACAAGAAAUUGAUAUAAAGAAAAAGAAGAAGGUAGGAGCUAAUACGUGCUACUUGCGAUUAGCAGAAAAUUUACCACUCCUAUGGCCCAAUGGAAAAGGGAUUUCAUUGCCUAAGUUAAAAGAUCUCAAGUCAAUCAUGAGUUUAAUCCCAUCAGAUGCGAAGGAAUUUUACAAACAAUUUUCCUCUGACACCAACGUACAAGAUGAUAUUGAUGGUUUCAAUGCGAAUCUGGAUUUUGAACUAGAGGCUGAGGAAAAUAUCAAUUAAGUGAAUAUAGCAUUAUGUUCUAGUUUUUUUAAUUUGUUCUACUAUAAAAAUAAAUACUAGUGAUGACGUAUGAGAGAUGAAAAGAUCCAACUUUCAUCAACGAUGUAACUGA